GAGCCUUUGAACAGCAGUGAAGCGGCCACCACCUCUGGAGAUGGAGCCCUUGACACUUUUACUGGGUCAGUAAUAACUAGUAGUGGCUACAGCCCCAGAUCAGCGCAUCAAUACUCCCCACAGCUAUAUCCUUCCAAGCCCUAUCCACACAUUCUUUCUACACCAGCAGCUCAAACAAUGACUGCCUAUGCAGGCCAGACUCAGUAUUCGGGGAUGCAGCAGCCAGCCGUCUACACAGCCUACUCACAGACAGGACAGCCCUACAGCCUGCCCACUUACGGGAUCAAGACAGAGAGUGGACUUUCACAGACUCAAUCCCCGUUACAGAGUGGGUGCCUCAGUUACAGUCCGGGGUUUUCUACCCCCCAGCCAGGCCAGACGCCUUAUUCUUACCAGAUGCCAGGUUCUAGUUUUGCCCCAUCAUCGACUAUUUAUGCAAAUAACUCAGUUUCCAAUUCAACGAACUUUAGUGGUUCACAACAGGAUUAUCCAUCCUACACAGCCUUUGGCCAAAACCAGUAUGCACAGUAUUACUCAGCAUCGACGUAUGGAGCAUAUAUGACAUCAAAUAACACAGCUGAUGGCACAUCAUCUUCAACCUCAACCUAUCAGUUGCAGGAAUCUCUUCCGGGACUGACUAGCCAACCAGGUACAGAUCUUCAUCCAGAGUUUGAUACUGUGCAGAGCCCCUCCACACCUAUCAAAGACCUCGAUGAGAGAACUUGCAGGAGUUCUGGGUCAAAGUCCCGAGGAAGAGGCCGGAAAAAUAAUCCCUCCCCACCUCCUGACAGUGACCUAGAGCGUGUAUUUGUCUGGGACUUGGACGAAACCAUCAUCGUUUUCCACUCACUGCUCACAGGGUCUUAUGCUCAGAAGUAUGGCAAGGAUCCCCCCAUGGCUGUAACUCUUGGACUCCGAAUGGAGGAAAUGAUUUUUAAUCUCGCUGAUACACAUUUAUUUUUUAAUGAUUUAGAGGAGUGUGAUCAAGUUCACAUAGAUGAUGUUUCCUCUGAUGAUAAUGGGCAAGACUUAAGUACCUACAGUUUUGCAACUGAUGGCUUCCAUGCAGCUGCAAGUAGUGCAAACCUUUGUUUGCCAACAGGUGUAAGAGGAGGGGUUGACUGGAUGAGGAAGUUGGCUUUUCGUUACAGAAGAGUAAAAGAAUUAUACAACACCUACAAGAACAAUGUUGGAGGACUCCUUGGCCCUGCCAAGAGAGACGCAUGGUUGCAGUUGAGGGCAGAGAUUGAAGGUCUGACAGACUCCUGGCUAACAAAUGCACUUAAAUCAUUAUCGAUUAUUAGUACUAGGAGUAACUGCGUAAAUGUCUUGGUAACGACAACCCAACUGAUCCCAGCUCUCGCGAAGGUUCUACUCUAUAGUUUAGGAGGUGCUUUCCCCAUUGAGAAUAUUUACAGUGCAACUAAAAUAGGGAAAGAAAGUUGCUUUGAACGAAUAAUGCAAAGGUUUGGCAGAAAAGUAGUAUAUGUUGUAAUUGGGGAUGGUGUAGAAGAAGAACAGGCAGCAAAAAAGCACAACAUGCCCUUUUGGAGGAUUUCAAGUCACUCAGACCUCUUGGCUCUACAUCAAGCACUGGAAUUAGAGUAUUUGUAA